CCAUUUUGUACCAAGUGCAGUUUCCUUCAACACAUCAAUUGCUAACGUUGCAUUAAAAGUUUCUGCAUUACAAGGCCCUUGUGUAGAAAUUACUAGCACUGGAGAAUAUACGAAUAGAAGCACCUUUGCUGUAUCUAAAAUUACUUCUGCAGAACCAUUGUGUUAUAGUGAUGUAAUAGGUGUUCAAGACACUAGAGGAAGUUCAGUUUGGUUUCUUUCCCCUCUAGGAUGGAUUUGGUCAGGUCUGACGACUAAUCCAAAUUGGAAUUUGUCUUGUUAA